CUCUUACUCGCAGUUAACCUUGCCGCACCGUCGCCGAACGUAAGCGGUUACUCGUUUUUACGAAGUUUGUCAAUAUAAAGUAAUGAUGGCGGCUUUUUACAGGCAUGGCAUGUUAAAAACUGCCCAAAUUCUUAACCCGAAAACCGUUUGCCCGAGAUGGUACGCCACGAAAGCGGAAAAACGGAAAGGUCUGGAUAGAAAACCUACCCCGAAGCUGGAUUCCACGGCCCAAUCUAUCGCCGAUAAAGGUUUUCUACGGCCCCAAAGACAGUACACCCCUCCAGAAAACUUAGAACAAACCCUAACUGAACUGUUCAAAGAGAGCAUAGGAAGUACCGACCUAACCACAAAACUCACAAACUUAUCCGCUCGAUUUAACUUGUUUGCGGCGUGCGCUGACAAAUUGGGGCGCACCAUUCCCAACUCGAUGCUCCAUCAAAUUGAGACUCUCGAGGACGUGCUGAAGUUCUACGCCACCCCGGUGGACACUAGGACUCCCAUGGACAGGAUGAGGACUAUGGUACUGCCAGAGAACUUGCACGUACAGUUCGAGUACCACAGAUGGCAUCCAGCUACGGAUGCGAAGUUCGGGGGGCGAACUGCCUUCCCCGAGAGCUCCACCCUGGUAACCGGACUGCGAAGCAGGGAAAAGUACAAGGGGCAUUUACAGAAAAUUAAAUAUCCGCAAUAUUAAGUUUUAAUUUACUUAGUGUUAAUAAUUUUUUUUUCUUCCUUAUCAGGCCAAAAAC